CAGAAAGCAACCCAAUAAAUUUUCUUUCUUUUCUUACAUUCUCCAUCGUCAAAUUUACUACUUGUAUUAUUAUUUUUUUUUUAUCUUCUUGGCUAUUUAUAGGUUAAUAUAAUAAGGUGAGGAAAAAUCUGGAGCAAUUUCGGUCGAGUUAGGGUUCUUUGUGCUCUACAAAAAUGCGUGACAACCCGAUUUUUGUCCAAUCACUUCCUCCGCCAAUUUAGGGCUUUGAUGCACCAUCCCAGUGCUAAUCUGAUGCUGAGCUUCAAUUGCGUUCAUUCGCUACCUCUUCGCCCCCGCCGCUACACCUCCACUCCUUGGGUUUGGGUUCCCAAAUUCACAGCCAAAUCGCCAUUUUCGUCUAGCUCGAGCUUUCGGGGUGUGGAUGCUCGUCAGAGGUUAUCGACCAAGAAGUGGAGAAUCUCUUGCUUUAGGCAUGACGAAAUACCGCCUGCCAAUCUGAAUCAAGAGUCUUCAGAGGAGCUUCUUCAUGACUCAGAGAAGCCCGGGAGUAAUAAAUUCAGUGGCAGAAGAAGCUGGGUGUCCAAGGUUGUAGAGAUUACAAAAUCACUUUUCAGUGUGAGUGUGAAGCCAUGGACUGUGCCAUGGACUGCAGAGACUAUCCUAAAGGUGACGCUCCUCUGGAUUGUAUCUUUCUGGUUCGUGGGGUCGUGGAUGAUCCCGUUCGGAGCUCAUAUCGUCGGUUUCAACAAGGAAUUGCUCACAUUUAGAGGACAGGCUUUGUUCAGCCUUCUGACGGACGUAACUGAAGGCCUCGCCGGAAUUCUAAUUCUCCAUCGCUGCUUGUCUCAGUUCCGGCCCCUUCCGCCCGACUGGUUCAAAUUUAGCCUAAGAGGGAACUGGAUGAUCGACGUAUUGAUCGGCUGCUUCAUGUUCCCUUUGGUCAAUUAUCUCUCUCAAUUCAACCUCAAUUUAUUGCCCAUCCUGCCUUCGACUCCCGUGACGCUUUCGAGCGUCGAGCAGUCGAUAAUGGCGCGUGACCCUAUUGCGAUGGCGCUGUAUGCGUUAGUUCUCGUCGUGUGCGCGCCCCUUUGGGAGGAAAUUGUGUUCCGAGGCUUCCUUCUGCCGUCGCUGACUAAAUACAUGCCGGUUUGGUGCUCAAUUUUGGUCAGCUCGUUCGCGUUUGCGCUGGCGCAUUUCAAUGUUCAGAGGAUGCUGCCGCUGAUUUUCCUUGGGGUUGUGAUGGGCGGAAGCUAUGCCCGGUCGAGGAACCUGUUGCCGUCGAUGCUAUUACACAGCCUGUGGAAUGGAUUCGUGUUCUUGGACUUGAUGAAGUGAAAAAUGCUCGUCGGCGGGCUCUGAUUCUGAUUCGUCGCCGGUGUAGACAAUGUAGGAAGGCUAUGUCUUAAGAGUAGCAGUUUAUCCAUGCUCUAAUGUUAUUAUUCAAAGGUGUAAAUGUCAGGAAUAAUAGCCAUCGAAUUCUUAUUGCCUAAAUUAUUUUGUAAGAAAGUUUGAAAAAUAAAAUUUUUGUCAGAAGUGGGAUUUGAACCCACGCCC